AAAUGCCCCCUCCCUACACUGACGCGCCCAAGACCGAUGGCUCCGCUGGGCAGGCCGGCUACCCCGCUAACUACAACCAGCAAGGCUACGCCGCACAGUACAACUACCCCCCUCAGGCCGGUCAGUACCCGCCGGGUCAGUACCCCCCACCGGCCGGGCAGUACCCCGCUCAGGGCGGUCAGUAUCCCGCUCAAGGCGGUCAGUAUCCCGCUCAGGGCGGCGCUCCGCUCCCUCCUGGCUACCAGCCUCAGUACCAGACGCAGUAUGGAAAUGUGGUGAUUCAGCAGCCCAUGGCCUAUGCAACCUCGCGCGGCCCGCCCCCUCAGGACCAUAUGUGCGCCGCUAUAUUUGUCACGCUCUGCUGCUUCUGGCCCACGGGGAUCGUGGCCAUUAUGAGGGCCAGUGACGCCAGAGCCGCCGUUGCCCGAGGGGAUAUGGUCGGAGCCAACUCCUACGCUCGCUCGGCCAAGAGCAUGAUCACCAUCAGCGUGGUCAUCGGCAUCAUCGCGGUCAUCGUCAUGGCCAUCAUCAUCGGGGUCUACGUCGGCGUCGUCCUCGAGAACAUACACGACAACGACUACAGAUACUGAGUUCUCGUAGUAAAUGUAUUGUCGUGACAAGGACGACAGAUUGUGACUUCAGAGCUUUCUUGUCGUAUCUCCAUUUUUUUUUUAAUACUGUGAAAAACGGUUCAUAACAAAGAGUUAGCUUUAGAAGAAGUCUUGUUUUCAUUGUUAAAAAGAAUGGAGAUACGACAAGCAAGCACUGAGGUCACAAGGUACUGAGUUCUCCUACACAAAAUGUCUUGUCUGGAAGGUGGAAGGGCUUCGGUGCCCCUGUAACAAUAAUAUUUCAUAAUUAUUGUAACCAUCAUUGUUGUUUUAAACGAAGACCAUAUUAUCUUGUGUUGGAAGAUUUUUAUAGCUCUGUUACUUUUACUUAAUAUUACUUCCCCCUUCCUCCCUCCUCCCCCCUCCUCCCUCCUCCCCCCUCCCUCCCCCACCUUUUUGUGAGUUUUGGGAGAAGGUUUCAAGGUCUGUUUUGAAAUACGCAAUGGUUGUUUUUUAAAGUUUGAAUAUUCCUUUUUAGCUGUACGUUUCAAUAUAGCUUGAAUGUAUACUGUAUGAUUUUUCACACUGCUGAUGAUAUUUUGUUUCCUGAAUUUCCGUGUCUUCUUUUAAAUGAAAACGGCUGAAUAGAUAGUAGAAGUUGUUUAAAUAUUAGAUUGCUAUUUUAUAUUUAAUGCCCUUUUCUUGCUGCCUGGCCUCUGAAGAAUUAUGUCCCUCACAAGGUCAAUGAUUUGUCUUUGCCUGAUUCAAGCUUUUUCUGCCUGUACAUUGCUGCAGAUAGGAAUAGGGAAAAAAA